GGAAGCUUCAUUAGUCGUCAGAAGGGGAGGCAAGGCUGUGACUCAUGCCUGCCUGAAGAGACCAAUGGGCAGCCGGAGCCUGAGAUAUAAAUAACGAAUUAAAAAAAAUAUAUUCUUGAGGGAGAAAAGGGUCAGUUGCGCGCCGCUGGAUGGGAUUUUAUUAGUGCGCUCUGCUGAUAUUCCGCCGUCGUCGCCACUGGACUGUUUCUUGUCGCGCCUUUGGGUGGCAAUUUAGUUGUACUUUGUCUGGACUCGACAACCUGUGAGCCGCUGAAUUAUUUCCCUGCUGGACAUCCGACAACAGAGGACUGAUGGCCACGUCUGAACCGAGAGCCACCGGCGGGGACCAGGACCCCAACUCGGCUAAUUUAAGACCUCCGUCCGGAACCUACGAAUAUGCGUGGAUGCACGGAUGCACACGGAAACUGGGGAUGAAGAUUUGUGGGUUCCUGCAGAAGAACAACAGUCUGGAUGAGAAGGGGAGGCUCGCCGGGCAGAAGAACCUGCUCUCAUGCGACAACAGUGACAGGGACGUGCGUUUCCGACACACCGAGACCGACUUCUCCAACCUGUUCGCUAGAGACCUGCUGCCGGCCAAAAAUGGCGAGGAGCCCACCAUACAGUUCCUGCUGGAGGUGGUCGACAUCCUCACGAACUACGUCAAGAAGACUUUCGACCGCUCCACCAAGGUGCUGGACUUCCACCACCCUCACCAGCUCCUGGAGGGGAUGGAGGGCUUCAACCUGGAGCUGUCCGACCAGCCGGAGUCCCUGGAGCAGAUCCUGGUGGACUGCAGGGACACCCUCAAAUAUGGCGUCCGGACAGGUCACCCACGCUUCUUCAACCAGUUAUCCUCUGGUCUGGACAUCAUCGGUCUGGCUGGAGAGUGGCUCACCUCCACCGCUAACACCAACAUGUUCACCUAUGAGAUCGCUCCAGUGUUCGUCUUGAUGGAGCAGCUGACCCUGAAGAAAAUGAGAGAGAUGAUCGGUUGGCCAGGUGGAGAAGGAGAUGGACUGUUUUCGCCAGGUGGUGCUAUCUCCAACAUGUACAGUGUGAUGAUUGCACGUUACAAGUAUUUCCCUGAGGUGAAGACCAAGGGCAUGUCUGCUGCCCCCCGUCUCGUCCUCUUCACAUCUGAACAUAGCCACUACUCCAUAAAGAAAGCCGGAGCGGCUCUGGGCUUCGGCACUGAAAACGUGAUCCUGCUGAGCACAGAUGAGAGAGGGAGAGUCAUUCCUGCAGAUCUCGAGGCCAAAAUCAUCGAUGCUAAACAGAAGGGUUACAUGCCGCUGUUUGUGAACGCCACCGCCGGCUCAACCGUGUACGGCGCAUUUGACCCCAUCAAUGAGAUCGCUGACAUCUGUGAGAAAUACAACUUGUGGCUCCACGUCGAUGGUGCGUGGGGCGGUGGACUGCUGAUGUCCAGGCAGCAUCGCCAUAAGCUCAGUGGAGUUGAGAGGGCCAACUCUGUCACAUGGAACCCUCACAAGAUGAUGGGCGUCCCGCUACAGUGUUCAGCAAUCCUGGUCAGAGAGAAGGGAAUCCUAGCAGGCUGUAACUCCAUGUGCGCCGGCUACCUGUUCCAACCAGACAAACAGUACGAUGUCACCUACGACACGGGGGACAAAGCCAUCCAGUGUGGCCGACACGUCGACAUCUUUAAGUUCUGGCUCAUGUGGAAAGCCAAGGGCACCAUCGGGUUUGAGCAGCACAUUGACAAGUGUCUGGACCUGUCUCAGUACCUGUACAACAAGAUCAAGAACAGGGAGGGAUAUGAGAUGGUGUUUGAUGGAGUGCCCCAACACACCAACGUCUGCUUCUGGUACAUCCCACCCAGCCUGAGAGGAAUGCCAGACGGUGACGAGAGACGAGAAAAACUCCACAGGGUGGCGCCAAAGAUCAAAGCUAUGAUGAUGGAGUCUGGGACCACCAUGGUGGGCUACCAGCCUCAGGGCACCAAAGUCAACUUCUUCCGAAUGGUCGUCUCUAAUUCUGCGGCCACCCAGUCCGAUAUCGACUUCCUCAUCGAUGAGAUCGAGAGGCUCGGUCACGAUCUGUAAACCUGUCCACCCGCAGUCUUUUAUCUGUUGUAUUUCACAGGCAAACACCAUCGAGGUGAAACAUUCACAGUGCUGCAGACAGAGAAAUGAUAGGACACGUCUUUGCCUGAAGCAUUCUAAAUGUUUCCAGAGAAACUAACAGCGAGAGAGACUCUAACCCUUAGAGUUCCUUCUAUAGAUAAAAUAUAUAAACAGUAUCUGAUACAACAAAUAUGAUGUAAUGUACGUCUGAGCUGUGGAACCUUGUAAUGUGUGAGAGAUCUGGUUUCCGUCUGGUGUGUUUCGUCUUUUAAUGUGUGAGCGAGUGUGUGUGUGUGUGUGAGAAUUUGUUAAAAACACUUAAAAGGGGGAAAAAAGCACAGAUCAAAAUAUAACAAGCAUCAUCGAGUCAUUCUGCUGUAUCAUACGUUUGCUACACACAGUUGAAUCCCAGGUGCUUUCAGCUGUACGCAUAUUUAAUCUCAGUGCACCGACCCAUUAGUUCUGAACCAGUGUCCAAAGCCCCCGAAGCAGUGUUUGUGUGCAGGUGUGCAUGUAGCACACAGAGUGUAUCCUGUCAUGUGUUUUUAGGCUAGCACUGUGUUAAAAAUAAGCUAAUGUGCACAGCAUAGGUGCCAAGUGUGUGAGGAUUUAGUAAACCGCCUGCAAAAGAGCUACAGUCUGCAAUAUUUCCCCUCCUAGAAGAUUAGAUUAAGAUUUGAAACGUCUUCAGACCUGAGGAGUCUGUGACGACCUUUAACUUGUAAAACGCUGGCUCGUUGUUUGUUCCAUGCAAUCAUGUGAUACCCAUGUGUGUUUAUAACACUGUUAGAAUAUUAAUAUUUGAUUAUAGAAGAACUAAUAUUUAUUGCGUUUCCACUGUUUGCAGAUUCAGGUAUUUUAUUGUAAAUGCAUCUUUAUGUGUAUUACAUGGUAAUACAUUUGUAAAUGUAAUCAGAGGAACUGAGUAAAGUUUAUUUAUAGUGAUUUUGUCAGCCAAAGAAAGAGAAUUGGGAACAGAACAAUCCAUCAUCCUUCGUGUAUAACUUCUUAUAGAGUAUAGGUGUUUGUAAAAUGUUACCUAUAGACCUUCGACUGCGAUGCAAUUUCUAUUGUGCGUUUCUUUCUGUGAUUGUGAGUCUUUUUGACUGAAUGUUUUGAGAUGACUGAUCGGCCUUCUGAUGAGAUUAAGAAUGAAGUCUAUAUAAUCCUCCGGCCGUAGUGGCGGUCUUUUAUUUUAGCGAGAAGCACAAGGAUGUGAGAAUGUACUCUCCUCUUGAGACUGGGAAGAAAGUAUUGUUGUAUCCGUCUGAAUCCUAAUGCAUUUACUGUAAUAUAGUAUAUAUUAAUUGUAAUACAUAUUACUUGUAUUCUCAGUGUUACAGGAGCUCAAUGGAAUAUCUUAUAUAAAAGUUCCUGUUGGUGUCUUUGCACAAUGUUCACCUUUCUUUCUUCCAUUGUAAAUGGAUGUGUAUUAUAUUAAAGUAUUUACGGUAAAUAGGGACCAUAUGUGAAUGGCACAACUGCAUAAAUCAUAUUUAAGGUAGUCUGUGUGCUGUAUGUGGCCAAUGACUCUUGUACCAGUCUGGUUUUUGAUGAAGCCGACUGUAAGACGUUUCCCAAGAGGUUUUCAGUAGGCACUUUAACAGAAUCAUACCAUCUUGAAAAGGAUCUUUAAUAAAGUCUAUUAAAGGGAAAA